AUGAGUCAACGCAAUAACUCCCAUUUGAGUGCCAGUGCUCAAGCACCCAACAAGCUUUUCCCUGUGGCACCCCCAGCCUUUCUUUUGCAUAUCAGCACCAACAGUGCCAACUUGCAAGAUUUAUUAGAUUUUGUGGUGGCUGUUCAAGAUGAGUAUGAGGCAGAAAAGAUGUUUGUGGAAAUGAGAGCACGGAGAAGCCAAAUAGAGGCCAAACUAUUCCAAGGACAGCUUCCCAGUGCUGUGAAAUGUCUGGAGCAGGCUCAUCGUGGUAGUAAUUCUGUCACCAGAAUGGUUGAGGACCUUGGAAUUGAGGUAAACAUACCUCAAAGUCAUAUCAGGUCUCAAUUUCAUGGAAUGUGUAGUAAGCAUGUGUAUGACGAUGACAGUGACAAGUCAAACUCUCCCGGCAAAGAUUGA